CAAUGUAUGUUAACAUUGUAUUAUGUUUGUUAUUAUUUGGCUACACCAACGGACAAAGGAGCUAUGAAAAUUACAAAGUGUACAAAGUUCUACCCACUACGGACAAGCAUGUGCAGAUGUUAACGGAUUUGCAAAAAGAAUAUGAUUUUUGGUCUGAGGUGGUGUCUAUUGGAAGUGAUAUUAGAGUUCUCGUAUCUCCAGAAAAAGACGAGGAGUUUAUUAAAUAUACCGCUGGGGUAGGAUUGAAUGCAACUGUCGGAAUAUCAAAUGUACAGGAUUUAAUAAAUGCUCAAAUGCAGCCUACAGUAGGAAGGAGUACUUCACUUGGUUCUUUCAACUGGGAACAAUAUCAUUCAUUGGCAACAAUACACGCUUGGUUAGAUGAAUUGCAGACUAUGUAUCCAGGGAUUGUAACCACUGUCAACGUGGGCUCUUCAUAUGAAGGAAGACAAAUCAAAGGAGUUAUUAUCGAUUUCAAAUCGGGCCAGAGAGGUGAUAAUCCAUUAAUUGGAAUGAUCGAAGGUGGUAUUCACGCGAGGGAGUGGAUCUCACCGGCCACAGUGACAUGGAUUAUAAAGGAGUUUUUGACUAGCACCGACCCUGAUGUUCGGUUUAUGGCGGAAACGUUUGUUUGGCAUAUUAUCCCCGUGAUAAAUCCUGAUGGUUAUUCUUACACCUUUGACGGAGAUCGCAUGUGGAGAAAAAACAGAAAUCCCAAUCACUACACGAAUUGCUCUUCAAACAAUGAUUUGAGCAACGGCAUUGAUCUGAACAGAAACUUCAAUUACUUAUGGAUGACUGUUGGAGCAAGUUUAAAUCCUUGUGAUCAGACGUUCGCUGGUGCAUCAGCAGCAUCAGAACCGGAAGCUCAGGCCAUUCAAAACUAUGUCCUAAGUCUGAAGCGCGCUGGCAACCUGAUUUAUUACAUCGCUUUCCACUCCUACUCUCAGAUGGUGCUCAUUCCGUACAGCCACCUGUCUGGUCAGAAUGUACUGCAAGUACCCAACUAUGCAGAAUUGUAUGAAAUCGCGAUUCGUGGAGCUGAGAAGCUAACUGCGACGCAUGGAACUGCUUACCAAGUGGGAACUUCUGCUGACAUUCUAUAUGAAGUGUCUGGCUCUUCUUUUGACUGGGUGAAAGGCGUAGCUGAGGUCCCAAUAGUAUACCUGUUCGAGCUACGCGACGUGGGUGAAUACGGUUUCUUGCUGCCUACUGCUCAAAUCGUACCAAACAACGAGGAAGUCAUGGCAUACUUUGUGGAGAUGGACAAGAAUACUAGAAGACUGGGAUACUACUCUGGAUCAUCAGCUGUUUAUGCUUCCGUUUCCCUUAUUGUUACCAUCGCUUUCCUUAUGUUGAGCAAUUAAAGGAAAAUAUGCAU